CUCUUUUUCACAUACACACACGCACACACAAGUACGUAAACAAACGUGAAUACAGUUGAGCACAUGAAGUCAGAGAUAUAAGUAUUUAAUAAAUACACACACACUCGCAUGCACACAUUACACAAGCAAGCUGGUCGUGUGUCAUUUCGUGGGGGAAGUAACGUUCGUUUUUACCUGUUACGCUGCUUUAUGAUGAGGAAGGGAAUUCCUUAUACGUUGGCGCUGAUUGCCUCGCGGAUGACACAUUACUUAGCUUAGGUGCCUGUCUUUUAGCCGGACUAGCACCACCACUAAAUUAAUAACCUUCAUCAUCAUCGUUACUAUCAUUACAAAAUCCCGGUAACGAUUUUAUUUCGCCCGUCACAUCAGCAGCAUCACAGCCUCCGCCACCAUUAUCACCACUAUCACUACAAUAACUACUACUACUACUACUACUUGUAGUACUACACAUGCAACGGAUGAUUCUCAAUUUACUAUAAAACUAUACAAAUAAUAAUAGCUUCGAUGCAAAACUAGUUUUCGUGUUCUCUUCCCUGACUCUUGUUACGUUCGUUUCAGUUUCGCAAGUAACAUACUCACACACACACGUACAUAUACGUAUUAUUCACUGACAUACACACACAUAUAUAAACACAAGGACUUUACUAUACAUACAACUAACACACACACACACACACACACACAUAUAUAAACGUAUAUUACUGACACAUGCACACGUAUACCUAAACACAAGGACUAUACUAUCUAUACGUAGGUACGUACGUAUAUGUGUAUAUAUAUAUAUAAUUUUUGUGUAUAUAUAUAUAUAAUUUUUGUGUAUAAUCUACAUAUGUAAAUAGGUAGAUGUAUAUAUAUGUGUGUGCAUCAGGAAAUAAGUCUUACACAUUUGAUACAAACACACUUCAAAGCAGUGUUCACUAGUACGACUAAGGUUACUAAAUACUGCAAGCAACACAGACCGUGGCGAUUAUAAUCACCACUACUACGACUACUACUACUAGUACAAAUUACGAGUACCACCACCACUACCACCACCAAAACUACUACUACUACUACUACUGAGACUAGUGUCUAGUAUCAUCAACAACAAACGAUCAUCUCUCAGCUGGGAUAGAAUCAUUUCCUCCAGCCUUCUUUGCGGUGGUCAAUCGUUUAUUCACAACACUUGCUACCGAAAAUGUGACUGCAUUCAUCAUUGGAUGUUUUUUAAAUAGAUGACAAGAUUCACAUACCAAUAUGUUUCAUAUAUUCUCCUCCCUCCUUCUACUGAUGUGAUCUAAUACCAUUAGGCUGGGUAUGUAUGGCUGGAGAGGUGAAAAGAACUGUGGAGAAACAAAGCGAAGAUCAGAUGAGUUAGUAACUGCAGGCCAGUGUGAACAGGUAGAUUGAAUUCAUUUAUAUUCAUGUAUGAAGAGACCAAGAAUAGAAACAUAUAUAUAUCAGAAUUUUUCUUGAAUCAUGGAAUGAGUUGAAAUUAGGAAAAUGAAUUUGAAAUACGAGGAUAUAUUAUUGUAAUAUUGAAAGUUCUAAAGAAAAAUGCUAAAUUUAAAACUUACCAAAAAUGCUGAAACAACAAAAUUGAAACUAAAAGACAAAAGUUUAAAAUACUGAAAUUUUAUUGAUAACCAAAAGAGCAAGAAAUGAAUUCGAAGCCAACAGAAAAAUCAGUAACAUUUUACAGACAGCAACCUACAUGAAUGGUGAAAUUAAUGAAGCAAGAAGCACCAGAGAAGGAAUUACCAAACUCGACUUAUGUAUGUGCUUUAAAAAGCAUAUGCUCCUGCUUAAAAGAAAGUGAAAGAAAAAUUAUUGGAUUAGAUGCAAACGAAAAUUAAUAUUAAUAAAACAAAAAUAUAUAAAAGAAAAGGAGAAAACUCACAAAAUAAAAAUUUUAGAUGGUUACUAAAGAUCUAAAGUUCAAACUAAUUGUAAAUAAGAUAAGAGGGAAUUAAGAAACUAGAUGUAAUUAUCAGUUACAAGGUUGUUUGAUAAUACUUAGAGAAAUCAUUAUUAUAGUGAACUUUAAGUUUUUUAUUGAAUAUUUAUUUAUAUUAGCUAUUUUUUUUUUUUUUUGCCAACAUGUUUACUAAUCUAAUAGAAAUACUUCUGAAAGAAAGUGACAAUACUUCUUUUGUAGUUAUUAGGGAUCAUUAUAUUUAUCAGUCAUUUAGAUAUUAUUUUUGUAAUUAGUCAUUAAAACCACUGUGCUAAUCAUGGAGGCCAAAAAAAAUGAACUGGUGGAUAAGAGAACUUUAAAACAUUUUUUUCAAGUAUAUAUGCAUCUGCUUCCAUAUUGAAUACAAAAACGUCAUAAUGUUUUAACUAUGUUGCCAAAAUUACUUUAGCUUAAAAUGUAAGAAAAUCUGAAAGUUGAUGCAUAUGUAUUUCAUGACACAGUUAGGUAGAGCUGUUGAUAAAUAUGUAGGUAGAUAAGUAGCUAGAAAGAAAAAAAGAAAAGUAGACAGACAGGCAGAUAGAUAGAUAGAUAGAUAGAUAGAUAGAUAGACAGACAGACAUAGGUAGAUUUAUAGACAGACAGAUAGACCAAUAUGUAGAUAGCUAGAUGUAUAAGUGAUAGAUGAUAUAAGUGAUAAAUGAUAGGUAAAUAGCUGAAUAGACAGAUACAUACUCUCGUUGUUUAACAUCCUCUUUCCAUGUUGGCAUGGGUUGGACAGUUUGACUGAGGACUGGCGAGCCAGAAGGCUGCACCAGGCUCCAAUCUGACCUCGCAAAAUUUCUACAGCUGGAUGCCCUUCCUAACGCCAACCACUCCGAGAGUGUAGUGGGUGCUUUUACAUAUAUAUACAUACAUACUAGUGUAAGUAUUACUUAAACAAUCACAGUUCAUCUAAAUAUGUUAGAAAGUUUGGAAACAGACUGUAAAAUGUUAAGUAGAACAUAUAGUUUUUUUAAAAAACGAAAUUUUUAAUCCAAGAAGAACUGUUUGCUAUACAUUCCACUAGAAUAUACUAAUAUUCAUAAUAUCUAUAUGCAUGUAUGUAUAUAUAUAUAUGUGUGUAGAUAGAUAGAUAGAUAGAUAGAUAGAUAGAUAGAUUAGAAGAGUAACAAGUAGCAAAUUCUUUCCACUGUUAGAUGUAAAUGUAGUAAACAAAGGGAAUAAACUUAGAAUAAAUGAAUUAAAUCAAAACACCCACAGAAAAUAUCUUUAACAACACUUUUUUUUUUUCUUUUCAAGUGAAAGUUAAGUUAUUUUUUGAAAUAAAGUUAUUAGAUUAUUCUUUGAAUUCUUGAUCUGAUAUCAUUUAUAUUUCACUGCAUUAAAAUAAGAUAUAUAAAAAAUCAUUUCAGACUCUAUGAAAGUCUGAUAAAUAUAUAUAUAUUUUUUCAAAAACAAAAACAAAAAAAAACAAAAAAAAAACAAACAAACAAACAAUGUUUGCCAUGCUUUCAAAAUAUAAUAACAAUGAAACAAAUUCUAGAUAAGCUCGUGGCUUUAAUAUGAUGAUUGUGAUAUCAUAUCUUGUAGUGCUAUAGGUGGGUGGUACAAGGAUGUACAAUGACCAUCAGAUCAGGUUAAAAUCUAGUCGUAAAAUAAAUAGGCAGUGUUUUUCCUUUUUCUUUUUUUUUCUUCUGUAUUCAAUCACUCUUUUCUAAUAGCUUUGCUUAUUUCUUUUCAUUUCGGAAGACCUAGUCACAUAAGAAAACAUAUCAUUAUAACAGAAAUUACUGAUUGAAUGCAAAAAAGGAAUGAAUUGGGCAACAUGGACAGGUUUUUAUAAAAAUUUAUCAUAUCUUCAAAGGAUUUUACACGCUAACAAAGUAAUACCCACAAGUAAACACAAAGGAAGAGAAGACUACACUUUGCUAAAUUUACAAAGUAAGAUAUGUACUUCACAAUUUAUUUUUAUAGCUGUCUUUGAAACCAUUGAAAUAUUAAAAAACAAACAAAACAAAGCAAAUUUAACCUGCCUAGAGAUUAGUAAACAACUUCAAUGUUUGGAAAGAGAAACCAGGUCUUAACUUCUGUUUUUAAAAUUGUUUACUCUGUGAAGAUUGUUUCGACCUUGCUUUAAAAAAAAUACAUAAAUACACCAAACUUUCCAUUUUGAGAUAAAUUUCAUCAACUUUUACAAAGACGAACAAUACGAGAAGGCCAAACGUUUGAAGCCAAAGUAAAAAAAGCAAUCACAAAGAUCUAGUGGAAAUUCUAUGAAGUCAUAUGUAUAUAAUAAGUUCAUCUAUUGAUUUUUUAAAUUGUGUAAAAAAAUAAAAAAAAAAGAAAUGAAAUUUUCAAUAAACAAAAGGAAAUUUUACUUGGAACCUCACAAGAAGUUAUAGCAAAAGGUCUAUGCAUACUGCUGGAACGCUAGAAGUUAUCUUCUUGUCAUUGUGCAGUUGAUACAUAAGAUAUGGAGUUCUAUUUCUUACCCAUGCAUCUUCCUUUGCGAACAAGUAGAGUUGCAUCUUUUCCACCAACUAUCCUUUUGAUAAUAAUAUUUUGUCAAACAUUUGCUGAGCCAAUGGUGAAGCCACUAUCCUUAGGCUUCCUUGUCCAACGAAGGAAUAACUCCAUACCAAGUCAUCCUACAGACUAUCCUUUCUCGCAAGGUAACAGAAAUGGUCAACUCAUGAAAGAUACAGUGUCGUUAAAGCCUCACAAGUUUGAUUCCAAAAAAACAACAAACAGCCUUAAUAUGACACAAUUUAAAAAAUUUAGUCAAUGGUCAAACAAUAUUAAUUCAAGCAAAACAAAUCCAGGAACUACAACACAAUCUUCUCAUGUAAAAAACCAUCAUCUCCAGGAUACAGUGAAAGAUAAACAAGAAAACUCACAACACCAAACUGUUUCAAAAGAUUUUAAUUAUGUCCAUACAACAAUGCAUUCUGUUCCACCGAGAUUGAAAAAUUCUAGCACAAAAACUGUAGACUUUGCAAGUUACCAGCAGCAAACAGCUAAAGAUAAACAACUGAAGGAAAACACUAAUAUUAUACUUACAAAACCAACAAGACAUACACAUGUGAAUGGAACUCAUCGCAGUAGCAAUCAAAACAUCCCCACCACAUUGAUGUCCAUUAAAAAUAACAAAUUCCGGCCAAAAACUUCUAAAUUACCAAACAUAUCAAAAACAUCAUGGGAAAACACUUCACAAAAUAUUCCCUCUUCAGCUAAAAAUGUAAUUAAUGUUUCUAAGAAGCCAUCUCCUACCAAAAAGUUACUUAAAACAGUUACUUCCCCUUUAGUGCAUUCAUCUACAGUCUGCUUGCAUUGUAUAGCUGAACAAGAUACUACUCAUGUUCAUAAAACUAGUAGAAGUGUAUAUACUGACAAAGACCGCUUGGCAACCCAUUUGAAAAACUCUAAACUACUACCGUCAAGUGUAUUAGCAAAGGCUAAAUUUUCAACAAUAGAGAAAAAGAAAGAAAGCUCUAAAUUUCCUUAUAGCAAAACAACAAUAGCAGGAAUCCCUAGCAAAUUGUUGACUCAUAAUGCCAAACUCCAAUCAACUUUCCUUCCAAUCAAAAAUUCAGAUCAACCUAAGCAUGUUUCCACAUUUUUGUCUUCAUCAGUUCCAUCCUUCCAUUCUACACAUUUUACAUUUUUAAAAACUCAACCUACACCAAAACCCCAACCAACAACCACAAAUAAAAACAUAAAAACCACCCAUAAUUUUAAAGGUAACUUGACUCAUGAUUCAUUAGCAAUGACAAGUAUCAGCCCAACAUCAAAGAAGGUCGAUACUUCAGUGACAAAUAAAACAAACAUACAAACUACUAAGGGGGUUGUUACGCACCCAAAUUCAACAGUUAGUUCAAUAACAAAACCCUACACAACAUCAAUUCUAAUGUCUAGCAUAUUUUCAAAAACAAACAGUGUGCCCAAAUAUACUAAUGGCUCCAGUACAACCACUUUCAUUCCCACUUCAUCUGCAAUAACUCCUACAACUAGAAAAAUUAUUACUUCUGCUUCUAGUACCACUGACUUUAAUACAUCACAUGGUACAGCUUCUGUUCCUGCUAAGGCCACUGCUAAAGCUACAAAAACUGUAAACACAGUAGCAAAAGCAAUAACUUCAACUACUACUGUUACAACUACUACUACUAUUGCUACUGCUACUUCUACUACUACAACCACUACUAGUAAACCAACCUCUUUUAAACCCACAACUACAUUUGUUGCAUCAUCAACUUCCCCACCUCUUCCAUUACCAGACACAACGACAUUUCCAUUCACAUCAACUGGAAAGAGAUUGGGAACAACACAAAUCCCAGUUUUGGUCUUAAGCACAGUUUUGGUGCCAUUCACCACAAGGAAACCUCAUAUACCAUCAUACAUCAUAGUUCGUGUAACUACCUCUUGGUACCAGUUCUGCCAAAACAAAUCUGACUUUUGUCAAGAAAUAUCACAAAUCUUAGAAAAAGCUCUCAAGACUCCUUUUAAUUCCAGUCAUAUCUCUUUUAUCAAUGCCGAAUUCUCCAAAUGCCUGGAUCUUACUUCUGCUCAAAAUAUGAACGAUGACAGAGUCAUUGAUAUCAAAUUGUAUAUAUUAAACUCUAGAGGGGAGUAUGACCAAAGUCUUACAGAAAGAAGCUGGAAUUUCAUUUCUUUAAACUUUGGUAAAAACCCAAAGUCACGGUUUUUUGGUAUGAUAAAGAGUGUCAAAUUGAAGCAAUUGAAUGCAGAUGCCCCCAACAUGGAGACAGUUGUUACUAUAGCAAUUGUACUGACCACCAUAGGAGGACUGUUAUGUCUUGUUCUUCUUGUAUUGCAAAUAAUUGUGCAUCGCAGGCGUUGUCAGAAGCUGCACAUGUACAUGCCUUCACGUAAAAUGUCAAUGGGCAGCUUAGAUUCAAUUGCACUUGGAACAAUGGCCCAGUCACGUCCAAGCAGCGGCCUCUAUAAUGCAGGGAUGGAGCCCGCUGACCACGCUGAAUUGUCCCAUCCACUGAAUUACCGUGGGCUGAAAAACAUGUGUAAUGAUACAGACAGAAUCUAUGAUGAGUUUCAAUUGCUUCCAAAUAUCUGUCCAAAACACUCGGAUCUGCCACUUGGUGUGGAAGAGAAAAACAGAUACAUCGAUGUGCUUCCAAUCCCAGAAACUCGAGUAAAACUGAAAACUAUUCCAGGAGAAGAGAACUCUGACUACAUCAAUGCAAAUUUCAUAACUGGUCCAAAUGAGGAAAGAAGAGCUUACAUUGCAACUCAAGCCCCUUUGGAAUGUACAGUUGCAGAUUUUUGGAGAAUGGUAUGGGAACAACAAGCAAGAGUGAUAGUUAUGUUGACUGAUAUGGAUGAACGUGGAAUGCCCAAAGGAACCCCGUAUUGUCCAGAUGCAGAAGAUGUCUCCAGCGUUAGACUGUACGGUGACCACCAAGUCAUUCUUAGGAAAAAAGAUUUUAAACCAGAAUAUAUUGUAUCUAACUUAGAACUUAAAGACAUGGAAAACAAUCUAGUCCGUAAAUUGAAACACUAUUGGUAUACCUCAUGGCCAGCACAAGGGUUUCCAGAGCCUAUUUCAUUUUUAAAAUUUAUCCUUGAUGUCAGACUUAACAACGAGAACAAAUUAGCCCCUCUAGUUGUACACUGCAGUUCAGGUACUGGACGUACGGGAACUUUGAUAGCUAUUGAUGCCGGCAUGAAGAUGUUUGAUAAAACACAAACCGUGGAUGUUCUUAAUUUUGUCUACUCCAUGAGACUUGAAAGACCAAGGGCUGUGCAAACCAAACAACAGUAUGCAUUGAUAUAUAAGGCACUGUUGGAAUACGCUACCAUGGUGAUGAGUCCCUCUAUAUCGUCGACAUCCUCAAGAACCACGGGAAAUGCCGUCACUUAUACUUAGCAGAGUGAUAACUUCAGCUAAAGUUACCAAAGUUCUUUGGCAAUGGAACUAACUUACCAAGUUGAUCCUUGCAUUUUACAUCCACUGCUGCUAAUUGGAAACAUGUACAUACAAGCACACACAUGGAAAACAUAACAUAAACAUUCUAUAAUAUAAGAUAUGUAUAUAUAUAUAUAUAUAUAUAUAUAUAUACAUACAUACAUACAGAAAUGUGUAUAUAAUUAUUUAUACAUAUUCAUAUCUGUAUAGAAUUAUAUAUAUAUAUAUUAUACACACAUGUGUGCAUAUAUGAUAUGUAAGCAUUUCCUCUGUGUGUGUGUGUAAGACCAUACAUACAUUGAAUAUACAUGGAGAUAUAUAAAUGUAUUGUAUAUUAUGCUUAUGUACAUACUCAGACACAUAUAUGCAUGCACAUUCGGACACACAUAUACAUGUAUACUGAAUACAGUUUGUGUGGCUAUGUGCAUAUGUAUCUAUGUGUAAGUGUGUAUAGAAAUGUUUGUAUACAUAUAAUGCAAUGUCGCAGAAAUGAAAACUGCUUGUUAAAGAAACAGCUGAAAACUGCUGGCAUGAAGAAAUGACAAGACUUGAGCAGGGCAAAAAUUAUCAAAAUAUUUUAUCAAAAACAAAAUCAUUUAAUGAUAAAUUGAAUAACUUAUGUCACUGCUUCCAACGAAUUAACAAUUCAUAAAUUUGUUUUAUAUACACUGGCAAUAUGUGUGUAUGUGUAUAUGCAUGUGUGAACUUGUUUAUAAGUGUAUAUUUAUAAAUGAUUUCACAUUAUAUAUAUAUAUGUAUAUAUAUAUAUAUGAAUGUAUGUAUAUUAUCUAUAUGUAUGAGCAUGUAUAAAUAUAUGAAUACUUUGGUAUAUAUAUUUUUACGAGCAUAUGUGUGAGUGUGUGUGUCUAUUUAUAUGAAUGUAUAUGUAUGGAUGGAUAAUUAACUUGUAUUUGACGAUGAUUUUAUGUAAUUAAUGUUGUAUUCUAAAAUAUAUAAAUAACAUUUAGUCUGUCAUUCAAUUUGUCUGUGAAAUAAUUUAUCAAAGAAUAAUAUCACAUGCAAAUAAAUGAAUAAUUCAUUCGUUCAACUGUA